CCUCCGUGGCAGAAGAUAAAGCAGCCAACUGUAUUGGAUCUGACAGCAGCUGCAUCGCAAAAUACCUGCAGAACGAUGUUGGGUUUAUUUUUCGGUCUGCUCUUUCUGACACCAGCGGCUACUGAAGUGGGUCUUGGUGGUAAAGUGCUUUUGUUUCCAACCAAGACUAACAGCAGCUUUGUUAAACUCACUCCUGAAAAGCCACUGAGUCUUUCAGCAUUCACACUCUGCAUGCGUGUCGCGACAGAGCUCCAGGUCACGAGGGACAUCAUUCUGUUCGCCUACCGCACAUUUAACGUCGAUGAGCUGAACCUGUGGAGAGAGGCUGGUGGUCAUUUGUCCUUGUAUAUUCAGUCUAGUAGCAAUGGAGCAUUUUUCCACCUGCCUCCUCUCUCCAUCUUCCAGACUCACCUGUGUGUCACCUGGGACUCUGCGACUGGUCUCACUGCCUUCUGGGUGGAUGGACAUCGUAGUUUAUUCAAGAUCUAUAGAAAAGGUCUCUCAAUCCGUCCUGGGGGCACCGUCCUGCUCGGCCAGGACCCCGAUGCAUAUGUGAGCACCUUUGAUGCGGAGCAGAGUUUCGCAUUGCUCAAUAGCUAA